UCGGGGUCUGUUCUUCUCUCUUCCAGAUGCCAGUAUGGACAGAAUAGCCUAUGAUGCUCGUCCCCACCCACCACUUCCGAGACAUUGAGCGGAAGCCAGAAUACCUCCAGCCGGAGAAGUGCGUCCCACCUCCCUACCCUGGCCCUGUGGGAACCAUGUGGUUUAUCCGUGACGGCUGUGGCAUCGCCUGUGCCGUUGUCACCUGGUUUCUGGUCCUGUAUGCGGAGUUUGUGGUCCUCUUUGUCAUGCUGAUCCCAUCUCGGGACUACGUGUACAGUGUCAUCAACGGGAUUGUGUUCAACCUGCUGGCCUUCUUGGCCCUGGCCUCCCACGGCCGGGCUAUGCUGACGGACCCCGGGGCAGUGCCCAAAGGAAACGCCACUAAAGAGUUCAUCGAGAGUUUACAGCUGAAGCCCGGGCAGGUGGUGUACAAGUGCCCCAAAUGCUGCAGCAUCAAGCCCGACCGAGCCCACCACUGCAGUGUCUGUAAGCGGUGCAUUCGGAAGAUGGACCACCACUGUCCCUGGGUCAAUAACUGCGUGGGCGAGAACAACCAGAAGUACUUCGUCCUGUUUACAAUGUACAUAGCUCUCAUUUCCUUGCACGCCCUCAUCAUGGUGGGAUUCCACUUCCUGCAUUGCUUUGAAGAAGACUGGACAAGUCUCCUGCAAGGCUCUGGAGUGACAAGGGCAGCAUCAGCAGAGGCCCGAGUCCCACCUCAGGACAAAAAGCAGCCCCGUAAAGUCAGGGCCACAGAGUGCAGCUCCUUCUCGCCGCCCACCACGGUGAUCCUCCUCAUCCUGCUGUGCUUCGAGGGGCUGCUGUUCCUCAUCUUCACGUCGGUGAUGUUCGGGACCCAGGUGCACUCCAUCUGCACAGACGAGACGGGCAUCGAGCGCCUCAAACGAAAGCACCAGCCCAGGGAGCACAGAAGAAGCUGGAAGGCGGUAAAAGAGGCCUUUGGUGGGGACUUUUCCCUGAACUGGCUCAACCCCUUCUCAGGACCGUGUCAUCCAGAGCCUCUCAAUGACAGGGACUGGGUGCGGCAGGUGGCAUCGAUGUCAGACACCGACAACACGGAAACAACGGAGAGGAAGGACUCGGACUCGGUGGAGGUGACAGACGAGUGACGCCACUGUGGGGAGAGGGCCAGACACUGACGAGUCACUGUCAGCUUGGUGGUGUGGCUGCAGGGCUCAUGGACGGGCGGCACCCCCCUGCACCCGCUUCCCUCAGGCCGCCCACUCGCACUGCCAGCCUCUGUAACCCCUUCCCUCUCCCCAUGUUGGGCCAGGUCUGGGGGUGGGGACAGAUUAGGGGUGACAGAGGACAAGAGACUCCCUGAGUUUGUCUACGGGGAGUCGACUGUCAGGAGCAGUUCCCCACGACUGGGCAUAUCCCUAACCAGGGCAGCCCAGGGGCAGAAGAGAACUUGCCUUUGGCUUUUCUUGGGCUGUCUGUCUUCUCCUGGGAAGGUUGGGGCCCUGCCUCUGGCGUUUGAGAACUAAGGCCAUGACAUUAUGAGAGAAGGACAGAGCAGGGGUGGCCUCAGGGACCCGGGUGGGACACUGACAUGAGGAGACCAGCCUGAAAGGCUGCCUGGGUCCCCGCGGCUCCCUGGACAGGGCGCCCCCUGCCGCCCAAGUCAGGAGGAAGGCAUGGCACCCACAGCUCCCUGGGAGGGUCAGGGUUUGAGAGGACCCAACACUAGGCUGAAUUCAUACGUGUGGGACGUGCCCAGGAUGGAAACAAGCCGCACUGAUGGCAGCAGCACCAAACUUAGCUCCUGUUCCACAGAUACUAGAAUCUUCACUGAGCCAGGCAGCUUGGAGCUGGCCUGCCUUGCGGCUACAAAUCCGUCCGUUCACAGGUCGGGGUGGGGGUGGGGUGGGGAAGACCUAGUCAGAGCCAUUGGAAGCCUGAAGGCCUGAGCAGGGGAGCCCCAUUCCAGUGGCUGCUGGAGCAGCCUCUUCCUUCCACCCACAGUGUCCAAGGGUUCCCCCCAUCCCCGCCCCGUCCCCCCGUGUGGGCCCAUUUUUCUCUUUGGCCCACUGCCCGUGUCGCCAGCACCUGUAUGGAUGGAGGGCUCGGGCACAGGGGCAGAGCCUGCCCAUGAACAGUCCCAGCUUCAGGCGGGCCUGGAGCCCCUUAAACGAGGAAGGUCAGUGUUUGGAGGUGCAGCCCACAUCACUUAGAAAGGAAGGCUGUGGGGGCCAGGCAGUGUCCUGGUUCUUGGAUAGCACCCUCGGGUGUUCCACGAAGGGUAGAGAUUCCGUCAGAGGAAGACGUCCUGCCUACAGCAGGUGACGCAUCAGGCUCCGGGGUUAAUUACCGAGAGGGGCCGGCACUCAGCCACCUCUGUCCGAGUCCCUGCUCAAAGCUCCCUGGUGAUGUCCAGCAGAUGGGUGGAGGCAGGACUCGAGCUUAGGCAGAAAGACAGCGGCUCCCACACCCAGGCCGUGGGCAUGUCCUCAGGCCAUGUCAGCUUUAAUAUUUAUUAAUGACGAUGAGCAGCCCUGCUCAGCUCCGAAGCCCACUAACCCCAGUUGCAGGGCGCACCUGCUUCCCGCUUUGGGAGAGCUGCUCUCUGACCUGGAGGCCAGUAGUUGAGGUCCUAACCCAGAAGGCAGCCCUGGGCUGUCAGCAUUGUGGGUUGUGCACCAGACUCCACCCUGGGAGCAAAGCAGUGCCACCCCCUGGCGUCCCCAAGGAGGCAGGGUUAGGGGUUAGAACAAGGAAGAGGGUUUGCUGCUCUCUGUUGAGUUCCGGCCUGAGGUCAGAGGCAUGUGCUAAAUCCUGGGGCCCCUGAGAAGUGUCCUUGCACAAUGGGCUUGAAACUGCUCUUCCCUGGGGCCAGCUUGGCCUGCAGGCAACGUACCCAUCUGCCCCAAAGCCUUUCUGUCUUCAGGUCCUUUGGCGGGAGGCGUUUUACCUCCAGUCAGACCAGGCCUCUCCCUCCUUGCUGAGCCCAUCUCCCUGCUAGACUCAACGUGCCCAGUUCCGGGAGGGCUGGACUGGGCCCCUGUGGGUAAUAACCUGUUCAACCCCGGAGCCUCAUCGCCUCAUACCAGUGACAGUGGCCUAGGAGGCUGUCGGUGGCAUAACAUUCUGUUUGGCAUUGCAGCUGAUGUCAAAACAAGACAAGGGGCUACCGGGAGGGAGGCUGGACGCAAACCUCUGCCUUUCUUUAAAUAAAAAGCUCUGCUUGACCUCA